AUUUUGUUGGUCAAAUUAUCCACCAUUUGCAAUCUCCUCCUUCUAUAUCUCCUUCACAAUUCUUUUCAGAUCCAAUAUUACGAAUUACACACACCUAAACACACACACACACACACACAUGGCUUGCUUCAUGCCUUUCACCAACAAGAAUCUGGACAUAUUCAUCUGCGUUUUGAGGCCAACAGUCGCCAUAAUUGAUGACCUUGUGGACACAUUGAAACAGUUUUCUUUUUUUACGGAAAGACUUGGCUGCAUUCAUUCUUCCAUCUUCAACAGCAUCCAUGGCAACAUGAUCAUAUGGUAUGGAGCAUGGAUCAAGAGAUCUGAUGAAAACAAGGAACUCCUACAUGAAGCUCUUCUUUUGGCUUUGACUAAUCUACAAAGCAUGGCUGUCUUACUCGACCAUGACUUUAUGGUCGCGUAUGGUGGGGAGGUAAGGGACGGGUCCCCAGCGGCAAAGUUCUCAACGGGUGACAUUGUAUGUUUCAACACAAUUCAUCUUUUGUCGGACACAAAAAUGAACAAAAUGAACGAACAAGAUUUUGUGUACACGUGUUUUUCUGUAUUUCAAUCUUAUUUUCACAAGAUGAAUGGGACUGUAGCCGGGGUUUGCUUAAAGUAUGAAAGCAUAUCAACAGUGAUCAAUUUCUACGUGUGGAAGAACUUGCAAUCGUGUUAUUCAUUUGCACUAAAUAGUGAUAAUCGAGAAAUACUACAAAAUUGUUUUCAUGAUGCUACGGUGUUUAUGAAGUACGAUGUAUUCAAGGUUGUGUAUGUAAGUGCGGAUGAUGUAUCAAGCUUUCAGUACUACCCUCCUCACAAGUUGUUGGAAAACCAAGCAUUAGAGGUUGUGAAGGAUUUUGAGUAAUUUGAGUAUGCAAUGUAUUAAUUAAGUUAUGUUAACUUUUUUAUGUAAAUUAUGGUAUAGAUGUGUUUUUAUAUGUGUAGUGACAUAUCCAAAUUUUCUAAAAUGGGUAUACACUAUAUACACUAUCAUUACAAAAA